UUUUUAUUGAAGUCUGCGUCUGUGAGAUCACGCUUUAGCUUUGUGGAUGCAGAAUUGCAGACUAUACAUUCUUUUUUAAGUUCUUGAGCUUGGAACAAUACCUUUUUCACUCUAGUUGUUUCUUCAACUAAAUGGAUACUGGUGGGUUUGUAGAUGAAAAAGGUGAGAACAGAUUAUAUGUUGGAAACCUGGAUCUUAGAAUAAACGAGGCUUCGUUGAUAAAAAUGUUUUCUCCAUAUGGGAAGAUCAUAUCAGAAGACUUCCUUUGGCACACACGCGGGCCAAAGAAAGGAGAACCUCGGGGUUAUGCUUUCAUUCAAUACAGCCUUAAAGAGUGAGCAUACAGGAAGCUGAAUUGGCGAAAGAGAAGAUGCAUGGGAGAUUAGCUUGUGGUAGGCCUUUAGUGGUGCGUCUAGCUAGUGAGAAGCAUCUAGAAGAUUCCUCUCAUGAUCACUCCAAAAGAUCAUUACCAGAAGGAAACAGAACCAGAUUUGUAAACGGGAGCAGCUCAGGACAAAUGAGCCGAGACGAAAAAGUAACUGCCAUUAAGAACAAACUCAAAGCUUUGGAAGAAGAUGAGAAACGUGAUCCCAAGAAACAGAAAAUUUAAGAAAACGGUUUUCAAACACACAACUUUGGGUCUAUGUGACUCUGUGACUCUGACCAUUUUUCAGUUUUGGUUUGAUUUGAUUUGGUUUACCGGUUUAAUCGAAACCAAUUUUGAUUUAAUAUUUCGGUUUGGCUCAGUGUUAUAUAUAAAAUUUGUAAUGGAAAGCAAAAGUUGACGC